GAUAAUUCCAAACACGAUAGAUGUGCAACAAAACUAUCUAUCUGUCACCAAAGGUCACGAGAUAUUUGCGAGAAGAUUCGUUUGUUGCUUCUCGAACAUUCAAGCGUGGGAUCCAACUAGACAUUCACAAAAAUACACUGGCUUGCAACAAUGAGAUUUCAAGGCCACAAGGCGCCUCAAGAGUAAUGCCUACGUUCUCCAGCCAAUGCCAUACAUGCUACAACCCGUCUCAUCGAGAAAUAUCGAUAGCAAAUUGGAAGACGGCGAGCGAUGAUGGGGAAUUUAUGAUUUUCAUAAAGAUAGCAUUGGGUCGAAAGACAUGCAGAUAUCAUUCUGGGCAAUUUGGGGAUACAUCAAUCUCGGAAAGGUCAGUACGAUGUAAACCCCUUCAUUGUGAGUACGCACAGACCACUCCAUCACUUUCGUCGUACUUCACAAUUGUGGCAGUACAUACUAGAACCCUUCACCUUUUGCAUUUUGCUUCAGAGCGGCUCGUUUUUGGAAGUGGGAGACAGAGCUCCAUAAUCUUAAAGUGCAUGGAGAUUUCGCGUACCAUAUCCAUAUGUUGUCUAGUAAAAGGCACCUCGCUGGCCAGCUGAGUGCCCAAAUACAAAGGUGGACCCAAUAUUCAGGGGUAAAAAAAACAUUAAGCCAAAUUUGUAGUAGGGUGGAGCUCAUUAACCA